AUGGCUGCUGUGGCUACACCCCGUCCACUGUCUCCCAUCACCGAGAGCAACGUGACGACCCCAGACAGUUCCACUUUUUUCGAUCACAGCGACGACGACAUGCCCUUGCUCUUCCACAAUGGUCGCGCGUCACGCAAAACUAGCUCGUCGCCAGACUCCGAGGACCGCCUCCCAAACAUGCCGCACACGUCCAGCAGCCGCCAACGGCAGCGUGAAAGCGACCGUGACAUGAUUGACGAUCGAGAGGCCGCCUCGACGCCGCGUCCAGGCUCCCGCCAAGGUUCGGCGACGCCCGUGCGCAUGACUCGCUUCGCGCGUCCACACUCUGCCUCUUCAGGCAGGCUUGUAUCGGCGGCCGAUCAAGCUGGGGACCGUGGUACCAAGACACCUACUCCGACACCGACUGCGCGACCUCCAUCUCCCCUUCUGCACCGCUCGCUCUCACCAGGUCUGCAGACUACGAAGGUCAAGCAGGCGUCCAAGACCGCCAAGUCAACAAGCGCUGUGGCUACCACCCCGCCCAACUUGUCCAUUCCCAGUAGCCCUCCUCCACACUCAAUGCUUUACCGCUCGGCCUCCCCACGUCGUUCCUCUCCAAUUGCUUCAACUCCGUCACCCCGUCCGCAGCCGGCGGCCUCCACUCGCCCCAACCCUGGCCGUUCAGCCAUUCCCGUGCGCACAGGCCACCCUCUGCCUUCGGCCCUGCCCGUCUCGCUCCUCGGUCGCCCUCGCGCGGCGUCGCCAGUUGUCAAUGCUCUCAGUGUUGUGGUCAAUGAGGAAACGACCGAAGGAUCGGCGUCGGCCGAGACGAUAAAGAGGAGCGCCACACCCCCAGCUGCUGCGAUCAGCUCCGCUCCCAGCCCCCACGUCGACGCAGUGCGACCGCGCUCCGCAUCUGCCUUUGCAUCGCGUCCCCCUCGUGUUGACCUGGAGGUCGUCAAUGCCCAACGCUCUGCAACUCCAAACUCUUUGCCAAAGAAGCCGCGGCCGGUCAGCGCACAGCACUUUACGCCGCCCCUCCCGCGCCCCGGCCCCAUGGCGGGCACUCCUUCGGCCCGACCUCUGUCGUUCCAAGGCAGCAUGCCCCUCACGCGUGGCAAGUCGUUGCUGGAGGGGCACUCGCGCAAGGCGGAGCAAGGGGGCGCGUCGCUGAUGGCCACCUUGCGACGCGGCGAGAGCAGCAUCGAUGUCUCGUCGCGUGCGGCUGGGAUUGUCACCAGCAUGGACAGGCAGGACCGGCCAGACCGCCACGAUCGUGCGCGCCGGACCUCUUCCAUGUCGUCGCACUCGCCUGGUCCUCCUGGCUCCUUUACGCCCGUUGACGACGAAGCAACGCGGUCUGCCUCCGACCUGCCAAAGCGCCGGAGGUCGCUGCGCUUCUCGUCGCUUAUCUCACGGCUGGGUUCAGACGCCGCACGUAGACUCACAAAGUCGCCGACUCCUUCCCCGCUGUCGGUUGUGACGACUCUGCCGGAAAUGGAGGGCGACAUCGGCCCCUCGGCUCUACGCUCCGCAGUCCGCCUUUCUGGGGCAUUUGGCAUCCCAGAUGAUGGGUCGGACACGUCCAGUGUUAGACACUACCCGUAUCAUCACCACCGCCACAGGCGCACAAGCGAUGGGAGUAUCGUCGAAGGGGCACUGGCGCGCGUCCUAUACCCAGCCAACUCUGAUCAGAGCGGCCGCACCGUCAUCUUGUCCGAUGACGGCGAGAAGGAGCUCGAUGUCACGCCUAUCAAGAAACACAUGUCGACUGGCACGUUUGGACAAGUCCUCCUCGCCGAGACGACCUUGGAGCCUGUCGAGAUGGACGAGUGUGGGACGCCCGAGCUUUCCCGUUCCAGCUCUGAACACACAACGCACGAGACUCACCAGACUGUCCCUUCGACCUCGCCUUGCUCCACCUUUGUUUACCCACCGCCACCUGGGAGCAGCCCCGAGAUACUCCUUCUCUUGGCUUCCCACAUGCUCACCACGCACGCGGCAACCCUUCUUCGUCAUGCCGAGACCAUGGGCGAGGCAACCAACACAAUGCGGGCCAUGGCAAACGAGAGUCUCGAUUGGGGCACCCGCCUCAUGGAAGCUGCCAAUGCCAACACCACCUUGCCAGAACCCGCGGCUGCACUUGGCCUUGUGAAUCUCCAGCAGGCCCACACACUCCCUCCUUUCUCCCGCAUCGGCUUUCCCCCUUCCCUCGGCACGACCGCUUUCCCCACCAGCCUCACUGCCACAGCCCAGGCGGCUUUGGAUGCCCACACUACCGCUACGCAGGGGUCCCGCAGGCGCGCGUCCUGGGUACCCGACUACCCCGCGCCUCCCCCGCCCACCCAGUCGGUCGACAUUGCACUUGCUGCUGCGCCCCCCACAGCCACUCUCACUGCCACGGCCACUGCCUCGCCCACUCUUUCCGCUCCAGCCACAACCGCCCUCAUUGCUCAGGCCGAUAGGCUCGGUCGUGAGGGAUGGGCCGACCUGCGCGCAGCCGAGGACGUGUGGAACCGCGCCAUGGAAGAUCUGCGCGGUUCCAUGCCGGGCGUUGAGGUUGGUCCCACAUCAGAUGUCAUCCCGGCAUUGGAUCUUGGGCAGCCGGCCUGCCCCUCAAGCUCCAGCGCGGACGAGGCUCCACCCCAGCCCUGCUACGAUGACCAGCAGGAGCAAGGUGGCAGCAGCGCCUAUGACUCGGCAACUUCUCUUCCCCCGGCUGUUGAACCCAGCCCAGCGCAGGAGCAGGCGUUCUCGAAGCUGUCCUCUUUUCAGCUUGAUACCCCAACCCUGCCACCACCUGCCGAGAUCGAGCCGCCGUCGCCGCUCUCUCGCCCGGUCUCGUCCACCACCCAGCCCACUCCCUCAACGUCCGGCCCCGCCUCGCUUCCGUCUCCCCCACGCUCGUUUGCGACCCCAAGCCUUUCCUCCCCACUUUCCCAGAUUCCCACCUCCCCUUCGUCCGCACUCUCAGUCCCAUCCACGCUGUCUCCUCCCUCGUCACGUCAUCCGUCACUCGUGUCCAUGAUCGCAGCUGGCCUCGAGCUCAUGGCCUCGGUGUCGCUCGACGAUGACGACUGGUACAGCAACCCGAUCGGCCCCCACCCACAAUCCCACAUGCACAAGGUGGACGUCGCCAACGCCGAAAACACCGAAGAUGAGCACGAGCACAGCGCCGAGUCGGGUGAGAACGAGAUGCAUGUCCACCUCGCCGAUGCGGCAAGCACCACCAUUGUUAUUCCGGCAGCGCCAGUGCAGACUGCCGUGAAGACCCCCGCGCCAACCUCGUCGCCCUCCAUCUCUCCCUCGCCGACUAAACUGGACAACACCCCAGCCCCCAGCCCCGCCACGACUCCGCCGCCGGCGCCGGCGCCGGUGGCCAUUACACCUGCUACAGUUCCAACCAAGCUCCUCGAGCCCGCCGCCACUUCCGGGUCUCCCGAUGACAAGAACUACUCGUUCACCGACAUGGUCGAGGUCGUCCGCCGUCCGAGCAACUCGCGGCGCAAGCUGUCCCUCCGGAACGUAUCCGACGGCAAGGACGGAAAGGACGGCAAGAAGCGGUGGUUUGGCCUCCGCUGGACAACCCAGCGUUAG